AUUUGCCAAAUCCGUGUAUGGUAGUUAGCAAUAGCUAACCUUAGUUAUAACUAGCAUAUUUUUGUAUCAUUCGCCAGUGCGAUUUCAUUCAAGCAUUGUCCUAGAACGUUCUGCCUCAGCUUUGUAACGACAAAAUAUACUACUACAGCAGCGAGAAUUAUACCAAGUCAUGGCACAUCCAGGUAGACCCAGAGGUCGCACAAAUAAAAAGACCCAACAAGCACUAGCUGCCCAAGCCCAAGCACAAGCACAGGCCCAAGCAGCCGCCAGAGCCCAGGCAGCCCAAGCCCAAGCAGCCGCGCAAGCACAAGCAGCACAAGCACAAAGUCACAUUAAGGAGGAUCCUGGUGGUCAACUUCACGACGAAGCUGAUUUAGUGUCAUUCAGGAAUGACGCUUUGAUCAGGUAUAUCACCAACCACGAGUACAUUGAAAAUGUCAUGGCUAAAUUGGUCCAUACAUGCAAGAUAAUACCUCCUAGUUUAUACCCAAAUGUGCCUAAACGAACACCAGAAGAGAUUGCAAAGUUAAGACCAGAGGACACUUAUUUUGGCGAUUUGGAAAGCAUGAAGUUAGCCGAGAAGAAGUUGGCUGAUGAUGUAACCAGACUCAAGGACGCUGAAGCACAACCAUUUGCCAACUACUUGCUAAAUGACAAAGAGUAUCAUUUCCAAAGAGAGAAGGUGGACAGGCUAGUAGAGAUUCAGGCAUCGCUAUACAACAAAGAAUCGUUGCAAAAUUUGGAAAACGAAAUUGAUCAGAUCCUUGGUGAGUACCAAACCAAGUACAAACGGAAAUAUUAUGUUACUCCAAGUGUGAAAAAAUAUUCUGUGCCUAUAGACCAAAUAACCCCAGGAGUAGCCGUGCACACAGCCCCAUCAAACUAUAACCCCAAACUGAUCACUUCGAUUAUCAACUUACAUAACCAUCCACACGAAGCUAACAACAAUGGAACAUUGGUGGAGAAUAUGAGUGACAAUGCCAUGAGAAUAGAUUCAGGAAUGGAAGAAGAGCCAGAUAUCGAUACGGGAAAGUUCAACGGAGUCGAAGGAAUGUUUAUGAAUCAAUUUGACAAUGGACCCACCAACUUCAAUGGCAAUAUGUCGGCCCACAACUUCGCCAUGUCUAUGUUGAGUAGUCAUGAAAACGAGGAAGAUAUGCCUACAUCGAAUGGAUUAGCCAGUGGAGAUGUCAAUGAUGACGUUGAUCUCAGUGGAGAUCAAAAUGAUUCAAUGGCCGGAGGAAAUGUCGAUGAUGACAAUGAUCAGCGAGACGCCAUAGUUGACGAUGAUAUGAGUGAUUUAUUUAAAGAUAACGGCGACGAUUUAGAUCCCAAUCAAGCUAUUGUCAAUGAUGACAUUGGAGAUUUGUACUUUAACGAUGGUGAUGACAAUGGACUAAUGGGAGGAUCUGAAUUUGAACAAGAUUUCUUGAGCCAGAUUGACCACAGCUUGGAAUGAGUUGCGCCCACAAGUAUAUACAUAGAACUGUAAUAUAUAUUAAACUUUAUCUUGUUG